UUGAUGGGCCUCCGGCGGGCAGGAGCCAGGACCGGACGGCCCUCGGCCUCAGUCGGCGCUCCCGGGACCGCGCCAGGCUCGGUCCGGACCCCCCCGCGGCUCCAUGCCUGGGCCCUUCUUGGCCCCUGCCCCACGACCACCAGCCCAUGCCUCUCUCCACCCGCUCUGAGACCCGGCCGGCAGGAUGUCCCAGCUCUCCUCCACCCUGAAGCGCUACACGGAUGUGCCCCGCUACUCGGAUACCCCCUACAUCAAGUCCAGCUAUGGCACCUACACGCCCUCCUCCUACGGAGCCAACCUGGCCGCCUCCUUCCUGGAAAAGGAGAAGCUGGGCUUCAAGCCCGGCCCCCCGAGCGGCUUCCUGACCGCCCGGCCUCGCACCUACGGCCCCUCCUCAGCGCCGGACUAUGAGCGAGGCCGUCCAGGCCCACGGCCCGAGAUGGCGGCCCGGCGGGAGAUCCAGACCCGCUGCUGCGAGCGGCCCGUGGGCGGCGGCCUGGGGGGCAGCACCGGCCUCCACUAUGGCGUGGCCGGAGGCUCCCUCGGCUACCUGCCCACCGGCCCGCCCAGCCUGGCGCCCCUGACACGCAAGACGUCCAACAGCCACUCGGACCUGGCCCGGGACUUCUCCGGCCUCCGUGCCUCGGACGGCUACCGGCUGGACCCCGGGGCCGGCCGCAGUCCUCUGCUGGCCCGGACUCGCAAGGAGCUGUGCGCCUUGCAGGGGCUCUACCAGGCGGCCAGCCGCUCCGAGUACCUGGCGGAUUACCUGGAGAACUACGGGCGCAAGGGGGGCGUCGCCUCUGCCCCGGCUCCGGCCCCCCGGCCCCCCGAGAUCCUCAGCCCCACCCUGCGCCCCGGAGGACGCUUCGUCUUGUGGGACCGCAGCAAGGGCUCAUCUGACUCCCAUGGGCGCGAUCACGUGAAUUCCAAGAGCAUCCAGGGUCUGGUCGGCCUGCGCAACUUGGGGAACACGUGCUUCAUGAACUCCAUCCUGCAGUGCCUGAGCAAUACCCGGGAGCUGCGGGAUUAUUGCCUCCAGAGGAUCUACCUCCGAGACCUCAACAGCGGCAGCCACAUGCACACGGCCCUCAUGGAGGAGUUUGCCAGACUGAUCCAGGCACUGUGGACUUCAUCAGCCAACGACGUGGUGAGCCCGUCCGAGUUCAAGACCCAGAUCCAGAGAUACGCCCCUCGCUUCGUCGGCUACAACCAGCAAGAUGCCCAGGAAUUCCUGCGAUUUCUCCUCGACGGGCUCCACAGUGAAGUGAACCGGAUCAUGGUGCGGCCCAAGUCCCACGCUGAGAACCUCGAUCACCUUCCGGAUGAGGAGAAAGGAAGGCAAAUGUGGAGGAAGUACCUGGAACGGGAAGACAGUCGGAUUGGGGACCUGUUUGUCGGGCAACUGAAGAGCUCCCUGACCUGCACCGAGUGCGGUUACUGCUCCACGGUCUUUGACCCCUUCUGGGAUCUCUCCCUCCCCAUCGCCAAGCGGGGCUUCCCUGAGGUUACUCUGAUGGACUGUUUGAGGCUCUUCACCAAAGAGGACGUCCUUGAUGGAGAUGAGAAGCCGACAUGCUGUCGCUGCCGAGCUAGGAAAAGAUGUAUCAAGAAGUUCUCCAUCCAGAAAUUCCCAAAGAUCCUGGUGCUCCAUCUGAAGCGGUUCUCGGAAUCCAGGAUACGAACCAGCAAGCUCACCACCUUUGUGAACUUCCCACUCAAGGAUCUGGACUUGAGGGAGUUUGCCUCAGAGAGCAGCAAUCACGCCAUUUACAACCUGUACGCGGUGUCCAAUCACUCCGGGACGACCAUGGGGGGCCACUACACUGCAUACUGCCGGAGCCCGGUGACUGGCGAGUGGCACACGUUCAACGACUCCAGCGUGAUGCCCAUGUCAGCCAGCCACGUCCGCAGCAGCGAUGCCUACCUGCUCUUCUAUGAACUGGCCAGCCCCCCCUCCCGCAUGUAGCGGUCGGCACUCCUCACCCCCUCCUCCUCCUUCCCCACCCAAGCCCCCCCGAGUGCUUUUAAAAAAAAAAAAAAAAGCAAAUUGACAAAUGAGAGAGAGAGAGUAAUAAACUAUAUAAACUGCCAAGCAGGAGUUUAUCCAGCCUGGUCAGGAGCCUGGUUCACUCCAGCCUGGUCUGGGACCUGGCCCAGGGAAACGGGAGGUCCCAGAGACCGGAUGCAGAGCAGGCCUCACUGCUUCUCAUCUUCUCGUCGUUUAAGUUUGCUUUUUUUUCCCCCUCGUGUGAAACAAGUUAUGACCGGAACCCGGAGAGAAGGCCUAGGCCUCGUCCUGGUCCGCGCUAGCUACCGUCUGGCUCCGGCCUCCCGGCGGGAGCCACACCCUGCCUCUCGAGGAGACAGCGGCCCCCGGACCCUGACCAGAGGUGGCAGCGCCUGGAAACCAGCCACGUGGAGGGGGAGACCCCGACCCCCAGCUCCUCAGCCUCGACCAGGCUCGGUUGUCGUCGUCGCCGUCAUCCUCAUCCUCGUCGUCCUCCAGCAGCGUGAACAGAGCAGCCCAGACCAGAGUCGCCCCACCUCUGCUCACCACGACGGGACAGACAGCGGAAGACCCUGGAAACCAGCCGUUCUCAUCUGAGGCCCCGUUAUUUUAUUUUAUUUUAAUUUUCCAAACAAAGCCACACAAGUGGAGUGGCAUCAGCCUGGAUCUCCUUCCCAGCAAGGCCGUUGCGGUGGUCUGACUUUUUAGAACUGGUCAAGCACAACCUUUUCUUCCGCCAGCCCCCAGUGACCGUUGGGAGCCGGCUCCUGACGAGGGCCUGGGCCCCGGAGCUGGUGUCCGACCAGUGUGGGUUGGGGGUGGUUUUAAAAGCUCUUUGGAUGGAUUCUAGUGGCCUCCAAGAAUUGUGCCUUACAGCGUUUAGGGACCGGGAGGUGAACGCUCCACUCCCCAACCGAUCCCUUUGGCCUCCCACGGUGCCGUGCUCAGACCCGCUCGGGCGCUGCUGUGAGCCGGCAGAAGCGCUGCCUCUCUCGUUGGGGGACGGCGUGUCUGGCCCUCCCUGCCCUGUCUCUGCCCCUCCCUUCCCGUUCCUUCAGGCCUCUUCUUCAGUAGUUCCCAAACAUCCAGGCAGCGCAACCUCACCCUCCCUUCUCUCCCUCCAUUUCCUUUAAUUUAUGCCCUUCCUUCUCCCCUCCCUUCCUCGGAACCCCUCCGACACUGGCGCAACGAUGGACUUUACCGGGAACUACCCGCCCCAGAGGUCCUGUCAGCGUGAUUCCCCGGUCCCACCCUGGCAACCCCAGCCGCCUGCACGCGGGUCCCGCCCUACCCUUGGGUCACGGGUGGGUGGCCCACCCCCGAGUGAAACAUGCCCGAGGCACGAGGGGCCCAGGGAGAGCUGUGGACCUCUCCCACACCAGCAGAAAUGGGGGCGGCUCCUUUGUGCUCCUUUGGUCCUGGCGUUUCUCCCCUCCCCCAGAGCGUUACUGGGGGGCAGUCACCCUCUCCCCCCCAGGCAGAGCCAGCCCAUUCCCCUUCUCCAAGGGAGACCUGUAAACCUGAGCCAUGGGGCUGUUGUGCAUUUGUUUACUGUGUAAGCAAGAGGGGGAAGGGAAUGUCUGUCAUGUACAGUAGAGCAUUGUACAGAAUAAAUUGAGGAAAAAAAUGA